GGAUGGUCCAAAUUUCCUUGGAGCAUGCUAUAGUUUUCUUUUAAACAGUCAAAAUCAAUAAUUACUCAGAAUAGUUAUAUAUAGAACUUAAAAUAAUCUACUUUUUCUAUGAUCAAAAUUCAUAGCAACAAAAAAAAAAUGGAUGUUUUGUACACUCUGUUGACUUUCAUAGCCUUCUCUUUUCUAGCAAUUUUCAUAGCCAUAUGUUUCAUCAUGAUGCCAAUUUUCAAAGGAAAAUCCAUAGGAAAUCCAAAAUAUGCACCUGUGAAAGGCACAGUGUUCAACCAACUUUUCUACUUCAACAAACUCCAUGAUUAUCAUACUCAAAUGGCCAAAACUCAUUCAACUUUUAGGUUUCUUGCUCCAAAUCAUAGUGAGUUAUAUACCAUAGAUGUUAGAAAUAUUGAACAUGUAUUGAAAACCAAUUUUGAUAAAUACUCUAAAGGUAAGUAUAAUCAAGAUAUUAUAACUGAUCUUUUUGGUGAGGGGAUUUUUGCUGUUGAUGGUGAUAAGUGGAAGCAGCAGAGGAAAGUUGCUAGCUAUGAAUUUUCUACAAGAGUUCUUAGAGAUUUUAGUUGUUCUGUUUUUAGAGAGAAUGCAGCCAAAUUGGUCAAAGUUAUAGCAGAAUUUUCUCAUGAGGGUCUGAUUUUUGAUAUGCAAGACUUACAAAUGAGAUGUGCUUUGGACUCAAUAUUCAAAGUUGGGUUUGGAACAGAAUUGAAUUGCUUAGAGGGAUCAAGCAAAGAGGGAACUGAAUUCAUGAAGGCCUUUGAUGAAUCAAAUGCUCUAAUUUAUUGGCGCUAUGCUGAUCCAAUUUGGAGUCUAAAGAGGUUUCUUAACAUUGGUGGUGAGGCUAAGCUUAAGCGCAAUGUGAAAUUAAUAGAUGAAUUUGUGAAUGGAGUCAUAAACACCAAAAAGGAACAGUUGGCACUUCACCAAGAUUAUAAUGUUAAAGAAGAUAUACUAUCAAGGUUUUUAAUGGAAGGAAAGAAGGGCCAAAGCCAAACAACUAUAAGUGAUAAGUAUUUGAGGGAUAUAAUUCUUAACUUUAUGAUAGCUGGCAAAGAUACCACUGCAAACACUCUUUCAUGGUUCUUCUACAUGUUAUGUAAGAACCCUCUCGUAGAAGACAAGAUUGUGGAAGAAAUAAAAGAUGUCACUUGUAGCCAUGAAAGUGAACUCAACAACAUAGAUGAGUUUGUUGCCAAUUUAACAGAUGCUAUCCUUGAUAAGAUGCAUUAUCUUCAUGCAGCAUUGACUGAGACAUUGAGAUUGUACCCUGUAGUUCCUGUGGAUGGAAGAAAUGCAGAUGCACCUGAUGUUCUUCCUGAUGGGUACAAAGUGGAAAAGGGUGACGGAGUGUACUACUUGGCCUAUGCUAUGGGUCGAAUGUCAUCCAUUUGGGGGGAAGAUGCUGAGGAAUUCCGUCCUGAACGAUGGAUUAACAACGGAAUUUUCCAACCCGAAUCGCCAUUCAAAUUUGUAGCAUUCCAUGCUGGACCUCGUAUGUGCUUAGGGAAGGAUUUUGCAUACAGACAAAUGAAAAUAGUAGCAAUGGCUAUUCUUCAUUUCUUCAAAUUUAAAUUGGCAAAUGGGACACAAAAUGUGACUUAUAAGGUCAUGUUUACCCUUCACUUGGACAAGGGUCUCCCUCUCGAUGCAUUUCCAAGGUCAUGAUCACUCAUGAGUGAGGUGACAUGGAAAGCAUAGCAGCUCAUUAUGCAGAGUAUUUCUAGUGUUUUAGAUUUUUAUGGAGGGAGAGAAAAUUAAAUGUGGAGAAAUGUGAAAUUCGAACCCGAUCACUUUAAUAAUAUCCUCAAUAGCUACCAUUUGAGCUAUACUUAUGAAACUGCAAUUUUUCUAUUAUAAUUUAGAAACGAGAGGUAUUAUUUUAAAAUGUAUGAAAUAUUAGGUACAGUGGGGGGCCACAAUUUUAAAGCCCUUGUGAUAUUAAAGGUUUGCACCAACUGGCAAUGGCAACUGCACACCCUUCCAACUGUCCUGCAAAAUGCCACACUUUUAUGCUACUACUAGUUA